CGCUCACUGUGUCGUGUAAGAAAACUCUAUGCAACUUGUUGUGCUCUCGGCAACACUUUUCUGUCGGUGAGCAUUGACUGUGUUGCAGAAGGAUCUGAGAACAGAUCCUGUCGGACGUUGGGUAUCGCGUCCUCCCGGACACCUGAAAUCUGCUUAAUAAGCUUCAAACCAGACUCGUCAGUUCAUGGACAUUUUUUCCCCUUGAGAUCUGGAGGAUUUUUGCUUUUGGUCAUGGAGAGAGCUUAAGAUUGUCGAGGAAGAGCUUUUCCUGCUUUCUUUUCUUUUUCGCAGCACCCCCUUUUCCAUUCUUCAUCACUUCUAAUACAGCUGCAAUGCGUAGAUUCAGCUCCGAGGGUUCCCUCCUUGAUCUUGACUUCCCGACAUGGAAAAAAGAGGCACUGAAGAAUUCUGGACAAGACCACGAGUCUGGCACCUGCACACGUCACUUGCAGGAGGAUGAGCUGGCUGGGAAAUCAGGUCGCCUGACUCCCAUCAUCCAGGAGCCCACGGAGAGUCCAGGUGAGAUGAAGAACGAGCUGACUCGGGAGCACAGCGUGAGUGCGGAGAACCUGUGCGAGCUGAGUAAAGUGGAAAAGAGCCAGCUCAGAGGCUGCCUCAUCAGUCAAGGCAGCAGGGCUUAUAGUGACAGUCAGCUGGCCCCAGCUGUGCAGGGCAGCACUGAGAGCGUGGGGAAAGCCGAUCUGCCUCCAUCGUCGCCUUCGUCCUCUUCCGGCUCCUUGAAGAUGGAGCACAGACACCAACAGAGAGACAGACUGACAGCUGCUAAGCUGCACCUCAAGAGUCUUUUUGCACAGAGUCCUCAUUCGUCAAACUCCAACCUGACCCAUACAGAACAAAAAGACAGUGCUAAAGAGAGAAGGUCUCGCCUUGUAUUCAUGCAUCAGUGGAGUCAAGUGGGUCACAGUAGGAAGAGGAAUUAUAAUCGAGAUGAGCUGGAAAAAUGGGCCGAGUCCGUAAAUGUCCUGCUGGAAAGUCCAACUGGUGUUUCAGUAUUUGGAGCCUUCCUGCGCUCGGAGUUCAGCGAGGAGAACCUGCAGUUCUAUCUGGCCUGUGAGCGCUACAAACAUUCGUCCACCAACUUCAGCCUGCAGAGGAGAGCCAAAGACAUCUGCGCAACCUACAUCCAGCCAGGAGCCCCCCGGGAGGUAAAUCUGGACAGUACGACCAGAGACCUGACGAUCCAGCUGCUGCAGGCUCCCUCUCGCAGUUCUCUGUCCCACGCACAGAAACGCAUCUACUCACUUCUGGACACAGACUGUUACCCACGCUUCCUCCAGUCUGACGUCUACCUCUCCUUACUCCACGAGGCUGAAUAGAUUCCCCACACUUGGACUCAGGAGAAGGAAUGGUGGCUUGGUGGUUUCUGGAACGGCUCAACUUCCUUCAAACUGUAAAUUAUAAAAGCUAACUAUGCUGUCAAAAGAUCGAGCUGCUGUGUACAAAGUGUGGUUGGACACUGUAAAUAGAAAUAUUGGUUACUGCAAUUAAAAUUUGGGGAAUUGUGUUUUCACUGAGAUGUUUGUGAUGUUACAAUGCUGGGAUUUGGUUUGGCUUACUUUAGGAUUAAGACUGGAAACAGUUGGAAACGGCCGGCGAGCUUCUGUCCGUCAUACAAAAUAAUGAAGUGCUAAAGUUGAACCGCUACAGUGAGGUUGUCUUUUUACACCGAUGGCAUCGCCAACAAGUGAGACAUUUUAACUUGUUUAAAAAAAUCACAAAAUUUAAGAGGAGACCUCUCUAAAAUCUGAAAACACCAUUUUACUUUAGUUUCAUAUUAUUCCAAAUGGAAAGAAUCUUGACAGAUUUAUCAAGACAGUUAAAGA